AUGUCAUCGGCUGAUGCUACAAACAGCAAUAAUACAAGCAAAACUGACGAAUACAUCAAAUUAAGAGUUGUUGGACAAGACAACAGUGAAGUUCAUUUUAAGGUAAAAAUGACAACAUCUAUGGGUAAACUAAAGAAAUCUUAUGCUGAACGUCAAGGUGUGGCAGUCGGUAGUUUGCGGUUUCUAUUUGAUGGUAAACGUAUAAACGAUGAUGAAACACCGAAACUUUUAGAAAUGGAGGAUAAUGAUACAAUCGAUGUCUAUCAAGAACAAGUUGGUGGUUCAUAUUAA